CCACCCGUCCUCCAGACCUCCACUCUCCACCACCGCCGAGCCUGAGAGCGGAGUGGAGUGGCACUUGGAGGUGCUCCCUCUCUUCGCAUGUCAACGCAGACAAAAAGAGCAGCGCCUCCCCACCAAGUUCCCUCCUGCCCAUCGCCUUCGCCGGCGCUCGGAUAUAAAACCGAGCUGCCGCGCACUCCUCUCCGUCGGCUGGAAGACGAAGAAGCGCGGCAAGAACAGCGCGCGGCCGGCCUCGAGAGAUCUUGUAGCUUGUGUCGCCAAAUGGAGCUCACCAGGAAGAUGCCGAUGGCGCCACCGGCCAACGGCAGGAAGCGCAAGUGUCCGCCCUCCGGCCUGGGGGACCUCCACGACGACAUGCUGGAGCGCAUCCUCGCGCGCCUCCCGCCGGCCAGCUUCUUCCGCCUUCGCGCCGUCUCCCGCCGGUGGCGCGCUGCAGCCGCGUCCCCCACCUUCCUCGACGCCUGUUCUCGGGUCCCCUCCCGGGACCCGUGGUUCCUCAUGCUCUCCGAGUCCGACCGGCCCAGCACGGCCGUCGCCUUCGACGCCGCCGACUGCAGCUGGAACCACUGCCGCGCCGCGCCGAGGUCCAUGCCCGUGGCCGCGUCCGGCGGCCUCGUCCUCUACCGCGCACCGGCCACGGGCGGCCUCACAGUCGCCAACCCGCUCACCGGCGCGUCCCGCGAGCUCCCCCCGCCGCCGCAGGGCGGGGAAGAGCUGCAUGCCAUUGCCAUGUACGGCGCUCCCUACCGCGUGGCCCUCUUCACGGGUGAACUCCCGGACCUGUCUAUGGCGGUGUUCGACUCGUCCAAGAACUCGUGGGAGGGCCCCGUGCUGCUUGCCCGGAAGUCCGAGGACUCGUCCCCGGACGCGUCAGCGCAGGGCGGCGGAGGCGGCGACGACACGGUCUACUUCCUGAGCAAGUCCGGCGACGUGGUGGCCACCAACAUGCAGCGCAGCGCGUCGAAGCAGUACUCCUCAGUGGUCGUCCCGUCGUCGGAGCGCGGCGAGGUCGUGGCCUACUUCCUCAGCCACUCGGGCAACGUCGUCGCCUGCGACACGGGUUGCCGCACGUUCGCGGAGCUACCCCGGAUCCUACCCGUGUACUUCGAGUACUCCAUCGACGUCGUGGCAUGCGACGGCGCUGCGUACGCCGUCGUGCUCUCGGAGUACCUCGACACGGCGAGCCUGCGGGUGUGGGAGUUCGCCGACGGCGCGUGGCGGCAGGUGGCCGCCAUGCCGCCCGCCAUGUCGCACGGGUUCUGCGGCACGAAGGCCGACAUCAACUGCGUCGGGCACGGCGACCGCGUCAUGGUCUGCGUGAGCUCCGGUGAGGCCAACGGGUGCUUCAUGUGCGACGUGAGCAGCAACCAAUGGGAGGAGCUGCCCAAGUACAUCAAUGGCGACGGCGAGGCCAACGAGUUCUUGGCCGCCUUCUCCUUCGAGCCGAGAGUGGAGAUCACCGUCUGAGUCUGUCAAUGUGUCACUGUCGUCUUGAGGAGCGUAGUUUUGGUUUUGCUCCUUGAUUGUGUGGUUGAUUUGUUUUUCUUAGAUCAAAUUUCAGAUUUGUUUUCUAAAGUAUAGUAGUAUCUAUGAAUUGAAGUCUUCUUUAAAGUUCUUGUACUGCCAAUUCGUGUUCUUUGAAAGUUCUUGGAUUUUGUGUCCAGUACGAAGUACAAUGGCAAUAUCAUGCGAGCUGAAAUUGUAUGCCAUUGUGAAAGCAAAUACAGUGCUGCGAACCUUCUGAUCAGAGCAAAAGUAAAAGAAGGUUUUAUCUAAUCAAAAGUUAGAAGAAAAAUUGCAUCAGGA